AUGGCAAAACUCACUUCUAAUUCACUUACGUUGAUUUUUUUGGUUGCAGGCGUCUUAACAACUGGCUGUUUGAACUCCAUAUUUACAAAAUAUCAGGAUAACCAAUGUGUCGACAACUGUGAAGAUCCAAAUCCAUCUAAUCAAAAGAAAUUCGAACAACCUGUUUUACAGACUUUGCAAAUGUUUAUUGGUGAGUCAACUUGCUGGCUAAUUGUCUUAGCCAAUUAUUUGAUCAACGAUUAUCAAAAGAAAAACUAUAAGCCUUUAUUGACAGACGAUAAUGAUAUUAAUGACAGUAAUGACCUCGAUCAAAUCAAAUUAAAAAAAAAAAUGUCCUUCAAGGACUCCUUGAUCCUAUGUUUCCCCACCAUUUGCGAUAUCUUAGGUACAACUCUUAUGAACUUGGGUUUAUUAUACACUCCAGUUUCUAUUUACCAAAUGACAAGAGGUGCUUUAGUUAUCUUUGUUGCUUUAUUUUCAAUUUUCUUUUUGAAAAAACACAUCACUAGAGUUGAGUGGUUAUCCUUAUUUCUAGUCUUUUUAGGUGUGGGAAUUGUCGGUCUUAGUGGCAGCAAAAGCCAUAAUCAAGAACAAAAUUCCAUACCAAAUCAGCUUGCAAAUGAAAUAAACAAUCAAAUCAAUAAAUCUGUCAACUGGAAAGUCUUUGUCGGUAUUGGCUUAAUCCUAUUAGCUCAAAUUUUCACUGCCUCUCAAUUUGUCUUGGAAGAGCACAUCUUAUCAAAAUUACAAAUAACUCCUGCAAAAGUCGUUGGUUAUGAAGGUUCUUAUGGCACGAUUAUAACUUUCAUCUCAAUGAUUUUUUUGCAUCUUUUCAUUGGCACUGGUCCAUUCAACUUAGUUGAGGCCUUUUCUCAAAUGUUUAAUAACUCGAAUAUCCUAUUAUCCUCGAUCGCUAUCAUGAUAUCCAUCUCGUGUUUCAAUUUUUUUGGAAUCUCAAUAACAAACAAGUUAAGUGCAACCUCAAGAUCAACUAUCGAUACCUGCAGAACUCUACUAGUUUGGUUCGUAUCAAUGUAUCUAGGCUGGGAAUAUUUCAAAUUCUUACAAUUAAUAGGGUUUUCCUUUUUGGUAUUUGGCACUUUAGUAUUUAACAAAGUGAUCUUUAUUGAUGAUUAUUUGCCAUUGUUCUUCAAGAAGGGCUUAUCAUUACAUGAUGAAAGAUCCUAUAAUCAACCUUUCCUCAAUGAAGUAGUUGAUGAACCAAUUGAAAGAAUGUGA